AAUCGUAUCGGUAAGUGUGACGGCAAAUUUGUAAAUAUAACUUAUUAAUAAAUAAUAAGAAAAAGCGUGGAAAAGCUUGUAAAGUACCUACCUAAUUAUAUAAAGUAUAAACUGCCUGAUGAUGAUCUCCAGGCAAUGCUAAGUAAAUAUAUAUCAAACAUAACGCUCUGUGCCGGGUAUUGAAGAAAGCGUAAACUUAUAAAGGUUAUCUUGUUCAAAAUGUGUCAAGAAUUGAAAAUACUAAAACAAGGCGCGGAAGCGAAGUUGUAUAUUUGUAAUUAUUUAGGAAAACCUGCGUUAAUAAAGGAGAGAUUCAAGAAGAACUACAGGCAUCCUGACCUAGAUGAGACCAUCACUAAAGAGAGAAUAAAAAACGAAGCGAGAUCCAUCGUGCGUGCUAAAGCGGCUGGAGUUAAAACGCCAACUUUAUACUUAGUCGAUUUCGAACGACGAAGAAUUUAUAUGCAGCAUUUUGAAAAUAGCAUCACAGCAAAAGAUUCGAUCAUACAAAUAAAAAAAUCGGGAACAGGCGAUGUUGCCAGCCUCGAUGCUCUUGCCCGAAAAAUAGGUGAAACCGUUCGAAAACUGCAUGAUAACAAUAUUAUUCAUGGAGAUUUGACCACUUCUAAUAUAUUGCUUGUGGAAAAAAAUCCCAGUGCAAGUGAAUUAAAUUGGCUUGAUCAUGAUAAUAUUGAGUUAGUAAUGAUUGACUUUGGCUUAUCUCAUGUAGAUUCUAGUGCAGAAGAUAAAGGUGUGGACUUGUAUGUACUAGAAAGAGCCUUAAUUAGUACACACAAUGAUUGUCCUGAUCUAUUUUCAAAAAUCUUUGAUGCUUAUAAAAGUUAUAGUAAAAGUAAUAUUAAGGAAAUUAUAAGCAAGUUUGAAGAAGUAAGAGCCAGGGGAAGAAAGAGGACAAUGGUUGGAUAGUAUAUUGUUUUUGUAUUAAAAUAUGUUUUAUAAUU